GUCCGCCCCGUCCCCCCGGCGGCCGCGCUCCGUCUCUUGCUGCCCGCUAGCCUCCCGCCUGGCUUCCGCGGCCGGGAGCAGGAGAAAGUCCUGCUGGUGGGCGGCCGCGGGGCUGCGCGCGUCCUGCAUCCCGGGGCCCCUCCGGCCCGGGCGGCUAGGGGGCUCGGCGGUCCAUGCAUCCGCCGCCGCCUGCCGCCGCGAUGGAUUUCAGUCAGAACAGCCUGUUCGGCUACAUGGACGACCUGCAGGAGCUCACCAUCAUCGAGAGGCCGGUCCGCCGGAGCCUCAAGACACCAGAAGAAAUAGAAAGAUUGACAGUUGAUGAAGACCUCAGUGAUAUUGAAAGGGCUGUUUAUCUGCUCAGUGCUGGCCAAGAUAUCCAAGGAACAAGUGUGAUUGCAAAUCUUCCAUUUUUGAUGCGACAGAAUCCUGCUGAGACACUUCGGAGAGUCUUGCCGAAAGUUAGAGAAGUCCUGCAUGCUGCAGGAGUGGAAAUGCAGUUAGCAGCUGCGGCAUCCUUUUUGACCAUUCUUCAGGAAGGAUCAGUGUCAAUUCAUACCUAUGCCCACUCCUUUCUCCAAGUCAUUCUACUGCAUCUGGAGCACAGGGACACAGGUGUCAGCAAUGCAUGGCUGGAAACUCUUCUAUCUGUAAUAGAAGUGUUGCCCAAAGAAACGCUAAGGCAUGAGAUUUUGAAUCCACUUGUUUCCAAGGCACAGCUUUCCCAAACAGUCCAGUCUCGUUUAGUCAGUUGUAAAAUUUUAGGAAAAUUGACCAACAAAUUUGAUGCCCAUACCAUUAAAAGAGAAAUACUUCCCCUGGUAAAAUCAUUCUGUCAAGAUGUAGAAUAUGAAGUUCGAUCUUGUAUGUGUCGGCAAUUAGAAAACAUAGCUCAAGGCAUUGGGACAGAACUUACAAAAAGUGUGGUGCUCCCUGAAUUAAUAGAACUCUCUCGGGAUGAAGGCAGCAGUGUGCGGGUUGCAGCUUUUGAAACUUUGGUUAAUCUGCUUGACAUAUUUGAUACAGAUGACAGAAGUCAAACUAUACUUCCCUUAGUGAAAUCGUUUUGUGAAAAAUCUUUCAAAGCAGAUGAAUCAAUUCUUAUUUCCUUAUCUUUCCAUUUGGGAAAACUAUGUCAUGGACUAUAUGGAAUUUUUACUCCAGAUCAACACUUGAGAUUUUUGGAGUUUUAUAAGAAACUUUGUACAUUGGGUUUGCAACAAGAAAAUGGACACAAUGAAAACCAGAUUCCACCCCAAAUCCUAGAGCAGGAGAAGAAAUAUAUUUCAGUACGGAAGAACUGCGCUUACAACUUUCCGGCCAUGAUUGUUUUUGUUGAUCCUAAAAACUUCCACAUGGAGCUCUAUUCUACAUUCUUCUGCUUUUGUCAUGACCCUGAAGUACCAGUCAGAUACACUAUUGCUAUUUGCUUUUAUGAAGUGUCUAAGCUUCUGAAUUCUGGAGUAUAUUUAAUACAUAAAGAACUAAUAACAUUAUUACAAGAUGAAUCACUAGAGGUACUAGAUGCUCUUAUAGAUCAUCUUCCAGAAAUCCUGGAACUUAUGUCUACUGGUGGAGAAAGCAGUGUUCAAGAAAAUAAGUUAGCAUCUCUGCCAGACUUGAUUCCAGCUCUCACAGCUGCUGAACAGCGAGCUGCAGCCUCUUUAAAAUGGAGAACUCAUGAGAAGCUGCUACAGAAAUAUGCCUGUCUGCCACAUAUCAUAUCAAGUGAUCAGAUUUAUUAUCGUUUCUUACAGAGAAUGUUCACAAUCGUGUUGACAAAUAAUGUCUUACCUGUCCAAAAGGCAGCUUCAAGAACUCUCUGCAUUUUUCUACGUUAUAAUCGUAAACAGGAGCAGAGACAUGAGGUCAUUCAAAAAUUAAUUGAACAACUGGGCCAAGGAAAAAGUUACUGGAAUAGACUUCGAUUUUUGGAUACUUGUGAAUUUAUUAUAGAGAUCUUUUCCAAAUCAUUUUUCUGUAAAUAUUUCUUUCUACCUGCAAUUGAACUGACACAUGAUCCAGUGGCCAAUGUGAGAAUGAAACUUUGCUACUUACUGCCCAAAGUGAAAUCUACUCUGAAGAUCCCUGCAGAUAAGCAUCUACUUCAACAGUUAGAAAUGUGUGUGAGAAAACUCCUAUGUCAAGAAAAAGAUAAAGAUGUUCUGGCUAUUGUAAAAAGAACUGUGUUAGAGCUGGACAGAAUGGAAAUGUCUAUGGAUGCUUUUCAGAAAAAGUUUUAUGAGAAAGAUUUGUUGGAUCAAGAGAAAGAAAGAGAAGAACUACUUCUUUUGGAAAUGGAACAAUUAGAGAAAGAGAAACAACAGAGUGAUGGGAGGCCCAUGAGUGAUAAGACCUUUGAAAAGAAACGUAGAGACACUAAGAUACCAACAACUCUGCCCAGGAGCAUCCCCAUUUCUGUUCCUGGGCCCUCUUCUGCCACCCUAUCAACAAGCAAAGAAAUCAAGAAAUCCAAAUUGAUUCGAAGCCAGUCUUUUAAUAAUCAAGCUUUUCAUGCAAAAUAUGGCAACUUAGACAAGUGUGCUAGUAAAAGUUCUACAGCACCAUACACAACUUCUGUCUCAGGGUUAGCAAAGACUUCUGUGAUUUCUCUAACUGAUGAUUCAUUCCGGACUCGUAAUGCCAGUAGUGCUUCGACUUCAUUUUCUCCCAGCUCUCCCUUACCGAGCACCUCCCGUGGGGCAGGCACCUCAGCUGAUCCAAAGAACAGUGGCAGUAAAGAUUCACAGCCACGGAAGGCUACCUUAAAAUCAAGAAAAUCCAAUCCUUAAGUCAUCAGCUUGUUGAAGGAGGCAAAACAAAGACGACUGGAGAUAAUGUGAUUGAUGGACAAAAGCUAAAGCAAUGGCUGGGGCUUUUUUUUUUUUAAAUGAAUGAAAAAGACAGACGUAAUGGCAGCUGAUGUUAAACUUUCCGUAUUUGAAAUUAGAUUCCCUAGGAGGUAGAAUAUGUAUUCCUUGAAUAAUAAUGUGGUACAGGAUCCCAAUGUCACAGUGAAGUAUUAAUGAAAACCGCCUUUAGGUAUGCGCUUUACCCAGCUGCUGCUCAGAGACCCGUCUGUGUUUAUUUGUGCAGGAAGCCUCUGUUUAAUGGAAGCUGUCUACUUAAUUGUCCUAGAGUUCUAACACUUAAAAAUUAUAUGAAAGUCCAAAUCAAUUGAAAUGGCUUUUGCUGGAUAAUCACUUGGAGGGGGUCUUGGGAGUAAGAAAGACAUUGCAUUUUGUCACCAAUCUCCAAGCCCAAUUGAAAAGUCACACUGAGAAGGGUACAAACAGGUGCCCACAAUUUUAUCAGUCUUACAAUUGUGGUAACAAUAUGUUGUGCUUGGAUAUUCUGAAAUUUAAAUUUGACAAUGAAAAUACGACAGUUUCUGAUAACUUUUAUCUAUAACCUUAAAAAUAACAGAUGGAUGAUUUCCUUUAUUUCACAGAAUUUAUUUUAUAAAUACUUUGUUUACAUUUUACAUUGUGUUUGUCCUUACUUACUUUAAAAUGAUGAAUCCAGUUUAAAUUAGCUGUUACUCCAAGCUAUCAUGCUUAAGCUAUGUCAACAGCAUUUAUUUGUACUUAUGCUAAUAUUUCCAUCAAAAUCUGCCUGUGGAACAUAUACAGUUCUUAAUUUUAAAAUGUCAGUUCUUGAGAUAUACCGUAUGAAGCUAUUGUCAGCUUCUCUAUUUCAAAAUGCUAUCAGCAUAUAAGUAUAUUGAUAAUAGAAAAUAUUUGUUUUUUAAAAUUUAUUGAUGUAUGAUAAAGAUGAUCUAAUUUGUGAAUGCAUAUGAGUGUGUGGUUACUUUUUAUAAUGUGAAAUAAUGAAUAAUGAAUUUACUCAAAAUAAAACAUAGGUUAAUGAGAUACCUGUGUUUGUGAAAAAAGUUUUACAUAUUUCCUGCAGUUUUUAUUCUUUAAUUAAAGAGUAAGUUCUUAAGUAAUUAGUAAAGAGCUUCUCAGUAAAUAUAAAUUACUCAGGGGACAGCUACUCAGUGUGAGACUUUUCCAUGCCACUUGUUUCCCCUUUUCCUUCUGUAAGGCCUCUUUUUGAUUAUUUUUAGUGAUUCUUAGUAUCUUUCAUUUAAGGACAAUCAGGCAAAUGGAAUUUUUCAACUACUUGUUUUGUGAGUAGUUAAAAACUGCAUAGGUCUGAGAAACUGGACCACGCUGGCUAAAUGAAUUUCGUACAUUCUUUGUGAAUUUGAUUUAACUAUUUUCAUGUCGUCUUCUGCUAACAUCACUAACUUGGAAUUGAAUACGUUAUGGUGUAGAGAGACCGUUUGUGGUAUUAAUGGGACCAUCAAAGUGUUAUCAGUUUUUCCAGCUUUGAUUUAUUGUCAGCAUGACUCUGAUGCUUGAAAUAAAGUGGAGAGUUUAAUUUCGUUUGUUCAGUAAUAAAUUUAGCAGAGUCAGGAGCUUUUACUUC